AUGUUCUCUCUGAUUCAGUCACUGCAGCCUGGGUCUUCCAAGCAGAUUUUGACUGCUGGUAAUUUGCUAGCUCUGUUGCUGAUAGCACUCAAGAAGGAGAUUGCAGUAAAAGGCAGGUGCAUCAUAACUCACCUUCUGCUGCUGCUAUUGCUACUACCUGAAGCAACACCAGAGAUGCUGAACUCAAAAUGCCCAUUGACUUUGAUGAGGGAUCCCAAUCAACCCUUGAAUUGGUACAGGCGAGGAGACUACCAUAUUAGUGGGGUCAUAUCCGCUACACCUGUUGGGUUCAAUCCAAGCGUCUUCACUGAGCCUCCCUUAACCAGAGUUAAUGGGAGAGGAGUCCGGGCCUACUGGUAUAUCCUGUCCUUCUUGUUUGCUGUUCGGGAGGUCAAUGAGAACCACAGGCUUUUCCCCAACCUCACCCUGGGCUAUGACGUCUAUGACAACUUUUACGACGCCAGAAUGACUUGUGGUGCCAUGGUGGACCUGCUCUGUCCUGGGCAGGCAAACAUCCCAAACUAUUACUGUGGACCAAGGAAUAAAGUAUUGGCUGUUAUUGAAGGGGCUGACACUGACACAUCCAAAGAUAUUUCCACCAUGUCAAGCAUCUACAAAACCCCACAGGUCAGUUAUGGUUUUGUUUCUGACACACUUAGUGACAAAACUCAGUUCCCUUUUGUCUACCGAAUGGUCCCCAAAGAAGAGCAUCAGUAUCUGGGGAUAAUCCAACUGCUCCUGCACUUCAACUGGACUUGGAUUGGCCUUGUUGCUCCAGAAACCAACAAUGGAGAGAGGUUCAUGAGGACCUUGAAGCCCCUGCUAACCAGGAACACAAUUUGUGCUGCCUUCUCAGUUACAAUCACAAUACAUAAUCAGGAAAUACCGUGGCAUUCUAAAAUAUCUUUCAUGUGGAAGAAAGUCAAUGUAUUAAUCUACUAUGGAGAGAUGCGCUACUACUUUAGUACAAUACGUGUUUUGCAAAAAUCGGUUGAAAAGCAUAUAAGUUCCAUUGUGGGGAAAGUCUGGAUCACAACAGCUUUGUGGGACCUCACCUGGAGCUUGUCUUAUAAUAUUCUUUCUCCCCUGCACAUUCAUGGGUUUUUUUCUUUCUUAACUCAUAUUAAAAAGGGGGCAGACGAUGACACUGAAGACUUAUUGUCCAAGUCCAUGUUUCUGUUUGGGAUGAAAACAUUUCAAUGUUCAUAUUCAAAGCACAUAUUGUCUGUGAAGGGAAGGAAAAGGUGCAGGGAAGUUGAUACUCUGGAGUUCCUGCGUGACGAAGUGAUUGAGAAAACCCUGUCUCUGGAUAGCUACAGUAUUUACAACCUUGUCCUUGCUCUGGCACGGGCCUUAAGGGCUGCACUUUCCUCCAAAUCCAAUCGGAUGGUGGCGAAGGGUAAAAAGAGGUUGAAAUAUCAAAGGAUACAGUCUUGGCAGCUUCACCCUUUUCUGGGAAGUUCCCAGUUUUACAAUACUUCCAUGGAAGGAGUGUAUUUGGAUGAGAAUGGGCAGUUGACAGUCGAAUCUGACGUUGUGAACUGGGUGCCAUUUCCCAACAAGUCCUUUGGUGCCGUGAAAUUUGGGAGCAUAAGCAGACAGGGAUCCUCAGGCCCAAAAUUCACCAUUGACGAAAAGGCUCUUGUGUGGUCCAGACUGUUCAACCAGACCCUUCCUCAUUCCAAGUGUACCCAAAGUUGUCGCCCUGGAAAUGACAAGAAGGUUCAGGAAGGGAAACCCAUUUGCUGCCAUGCUUGUGCUCCAUGUGCGGAAGGGAUGAUCUCCACUCAGGAAGAUGCAGACCACUGCACCAAAUGUCCAGAACAUCAAUAUCCAAACAAAGACAGAGAUCAAUGCAUCCCCAAGAUUAUCACCUUCCUGUCCUAUGAUGAAUAUCCGGGGACCCUCUUGGCUUCCACUGCCCUGUUUUUGUCCUUAAUCACAGGCCUUGUUUUAGGAAUAUUCAUUAAAUAUCUUGACACUCCCAUAGUCAAAGCCAACAACAGGGACCUUUCCUACAUCCUCCUUGUCUCCCUCCUCCUUUCCUUUUUGUCCUCCUUUCUGUUUAUAGGCCGGCCAAGGAAAGUGACCUGCCUUGUCAGGCAGACGGCCUUUGGCAUCAUCUUCUCAGUUGCUGUCUCCUCUUUGUUGGCAAAAACUAUAACCGUUGUGCUGGCCUUCCUGGCCACUAAGCCAGGAAACAGGGUGAGGAGAUGGCUGGGAAAGAGUCUGGCUAAUUCCAUUGUCAUUUCCUGUUCCAGUAUCCAAAUUCUCAUCUGUGUCAUCUGGCUGGGUACCUUUCCUCCAUUCUCAGACUCUGACAUGCACUCCCAGGCUGGAGAGAUCAUCCUGCAAUGCAAUGAAGGAUCUGUUGCCAUGUUUUACACUGUCCUUGGCUACAUGGGCUUCCUGGCUGCCAUCUGUUUCAUGGUUGCUUUCCUAGCCAGGAAGCUGCCUGGGGCCUUCAAUGAAGCCAAGCUGAUCACCUUCAGCAUGCUGGAGGUCAAUGAGAACCACAGGCUUUUCCCCAACCUCACCCUGGGCUAUGACAUCUAUGACAACUUUUAUGACGCCAGAAUGACUUGUGGUGCCAUGGUGGACCUGCUCUGCCCUGGGCAGCCAAACAUCCCAAACUAUUACUGUGGACCAUGGAAUAAAGUAUUGGCCGUUAUUGAAGGGGCUGACUCUGACACAUCCAAAGAUAUUUCCACCAUGUCAAGCAUCUACAAAACCCCACAGGUAUGA